AUGAACGCCGUACGCCCGGCCCGGAGCGUCCUGUCGAGAUGCACAAGUACCUCGACGACCGCCACCCCCGCGGUCUUGCCCGCCCGCCUCUUCCACAGCUCCUCCAGCAAAUCGGGUCGCAGGAGGUCGAGGUUCAAGAACGUCAUCGCCGAGAAGAUGGGCGUCACGAGUGACCCCGAGAAACUCGACAAGUUAGUAAAGCAACACCUCCCGGCAUACACCCCGGAGGAGAAGGAGAUGCUCAGGAAGCGAUACACCCCGGAGCAGAUGGAGGCCCUCGAGGCCGCGGAGGAGGCCAUCGACCCGAAAGACCUCAUGCUGCAGGGCCGUUUACGCAUCGACCCCUACCGCCAAAACUACAUUGAAGAUUUCUCCAAGAUCCAGCCCGUCAUCGACCUAAAACCCCAGAAGCCCGUGCAGCCGCGGGAGGUGGAGUGGCUGCCGCGGAGGGAAUGGGUGGACAACCACGUCGAGAAGCUGGCCAACCGCGUCGAGAUCGAGCUCAAGGACUCCAUGGGCAAGGCCUACGCCCGCGCCCUGCGCAAUAUCAAGAAGCAGAACCCCAUGGUCCUCGACUUCACCGAGGAGGAGCUGAAGGAGCUCGAGGAGAACCCGGAGCUGCGCAAGAAGUUCCUCGUCGAAGAGGACGUGGACGUCCUCGGCAAGAAGGAGUCGAGGCCGGCGGAUCAGUCUCUGGGCCGCGAGUGGCUCGAGAAGAUCGACGAGGAGUUCAUGAAGGCGCUCGAGCAGCAGUUCAACACGGACGACGACAAUAUCGAAAUUUUGCAAGGGUCGAAACUUGAUUCGUGGAAGGCCGCCGACGGUCCCGAUGGCAACUCGGCGGUCCAGGCCCCUCUCGGCAAAAUCCCGGGCGUCAAGGGCCUGUACACGCCCGAGGACGCCGAGGACGACGAGCUCGACGGUACGGGUGAAUUCACCAAGAUCAAGGCCGCCACCGGCAUGAAAAUUGCCGACAUUCAAACCAUCAUCACCAAGCCCCUCGUCAUGCGAUGGGUCCACAACCAGACCCGUCUGGGUAAGAUUCGCAGCAUCUCCAUCAUCGUCGCCGCCGGAAACGGCAACGGCAGGCUCGGACUGGGCGAGGCCAAGUCGACAGAUCUCGACGUAGCAAGAACCACCGCCAAGAUGCUGGCUAUUCGCAACAUGAAGCCGAUUCGUAGGUACGAGGACCGCACCAUUUACGGCGAGGUCCAGAAGAAGAUCUCGGGUACUGUCGUGAAGAUUCAGUCUCGUCCUCCAGGCUUCGGACUUCGUGUUUCUCACCGUAUCUUCGAGAUGGCUCGCCUUGCUGGUAUCCAUGACUUGGCCGCCAAGAUCAUGCGCUCCAAGAACCCCUACAACACUGUCAAGGUCGUCUACGAGUGCCUCCUUAACCAGCCCGACCCCGAGCAAAUCGCCAUCGGUCGCGGAAAGAAGCUGGUUGACGCAAGAAAGGUGUACUACGGCGGAAAUGUAUAUUAA